AUGUUGGAGGAGAAGAGCUGGAAAGGCGUCGACGAAGCAGCUUUUGACAGGGGGUGUGUGGCUCCCCCCAGGAGCGGCGAUGGGGAGAGAUGCUGCCGCCUCCCCCUGCUGCUGGGCUCGGGGCUGCCCGGCGUCUCCCUGCUCUCUCUGGUGCUCAGCCUCCUGCUGUACUUUCGGACCUCCGACCUGCAGUCCCGCGUGUCCCACUUGGAAGCGGGCAGACCCGCACAGCUCCCUGCCUGGCUCUCAGCAGACCAAAUGGAGACGGCUAUUUUGGGAAGAGUUGACCAACUGCUCAAUGAGAAAUUGAAGUUCCACUUGCCAAGACAUCGAGAAGUUCGAGACACGCACCAGCGCUGCAACUGCCCGGCAGGUCCGCCUGGGGACAAAGGUGCGAUGGGAAUCCCUGGGCGGCCGGGACUAAAAGGGCAGUCUGGAGAGAAGGGUGCUCCAGGAGAAGCUGGCAUGUCUAUCAUCGGGCCCCGUGGGCCCCCCGGCCAGCCUGGAACAAGAGGUUUUCCUGGAUUCCCGGGCCCUAUUGGCUUGGACGGCAAACCGGGCCAUCCUGGACAGAAGGGAGAGAUGGGUGCUGCAGGUCCCAGGGGACAACCUGGACCCCCAGGACAAAAAGGAGAGAAGGGUCAGUGCGCAGAGUACCCGCACAGGGAGUACCUAAGCACCACACUCGCAGCCCUGCGCUCUAACCAGAUCCUUACGCUGAAGGGUGAACAAGGACAAGCGGGGAUCCAAGGUCCCCCGGGGCCCCCUGGUCCACCAGGGCCCGCUGGACCGGCCGGACCCGAAGGAAUCCCAGGACGUCCUGGGCCAGUUGGACCCCCUGGCAGAGCGGGAGAGCCUGGAAAGCCCGGCAGAGAUGGAAAGGGCUUACCUGGGCCUCCUGGACCAAAGGGAGAUGCUGGGAUUCAGGGGUACCCUGGCAGAAAGGGCGCUCCCGGGGCGGCCGCCGCAGGGAUGAAGGGCGAGCCUGGGACUCCAGGAGAAAAGGGAGAUUCUGGAGUGCCAGGGAGGAUGGGCCCCCCAGGUUUGCCAGGGAAGAGGGGGCAGCGGGGUGAGAAGGGACAAGCUGGUGACCCUGGGCUUCCUGGACUCCCUGGCCCAAAGGGAGAGAAGGGAAUUGCUGAGAAUGCCUUGGUGGGAGCUAGAGGAGAACCUGGCCCUCCAGGUCUGCCUGGACCCCCUGGACCAAAGGGAGAAGCUGGUGACGUUGGUCAGCCUGGUGCUGCAGGAUCACAGGGAGAAAAGGGGGAGCGUGGUUCACCAGGAGACCAGGGACCCAUGGGCCCCAGGGGCCCCAAAGGAGAGCCUGGGAAGGAUGAAAUGAUGGACUAUGAUGGGAACAUCAGUGAAGCUCUGCAGGAAAUACGAACUUUGGCCUUGAUGGGACCCCCAGGGCGUCCAGGUGUGGCUGGACCUCCAGGGCCACCAGGACAGAAGGGUGAAAUUGGCUUGCCAGGUCCUCCAGGCCACGAUGGAGAAAAGGGACCACGUGGCAAGCCUGGAGAAAUGGGCCCCCCUGGCCCUCAUGGACUGCCAGGAAAGGAUGGACCCCCUGGGAUAAAGGGAGAGCCAGGCCAUGCUGGGGUCAGAGGAGAAAAGGGGGACAAGGGAGAGCCAGGACAAGCAGGCUCACCGAUAUCUGGGCCCCCUGGACCCCAAGGCCCCCCAGGACCUCCAGGUGUUCAGGGCGUUCCUGGACCCAAGGGGGAAGCAGGGAUUGAUGGAGUGAAAGGAGAGAAGGGUGCCCAGGGUGAAAAAGGAGACAGAGGGCCACUGGGAUUACCCGGUGCUUCAGGUUUAGACGGCAGGCCUGGCCCACCGGGUAUUCCAGGACCAAUUGGGGUUUCGGGACCAGCAGGACCAAAAGGAGAAAGGGGCAGUAAAGGAGAUCCUGGAGUUGCAGGACCAAUGGGGCCAGCAGGGCUUCCUGGUUUACAAGGCCUACCUGGUGACAAGGGAGUCCGGGGGGAGAGGGGCAAGAAAGGCUCUAGAGGGUCUAAAGGGGAUAAGGGAGACCAAGGAGCACCUGGAUUAGAUGCACCCUGUCCGUUGGGGGAAGAUGGCCUUCCAGUUCAAGGCUGCUGGAAUAAGGGUCAAACUCCUUGGCUGAUAGCCAGAAAGUGAGUCUGAGGGUGGAGAAGCUUGGGAAAUGGCGGCAGAGUGAAAGGAGGAGGAGGACCUUCCCGAAGAUUUGCUGGAGAUGUUUUGCAAGCUCCCUGCCUGGAGCUUGGGAAGAGUUCCUCAGCAGCGCACCAGGAAUGUGUGCCCAGAUGCUGGGGCUGCGGGAGCUCGGCGUGCCAGCGCUUUCUGCUUUGCUUUCUGUUUUCUCCCAGAGGCCAGUGGCAGGGGUUGAGAAUGGCACCAUUUAUAUUCUUUUUUUCUUUGGUCAUUUUCACUUCAUUCUACUAUUGUGGUCGGACUCUUCAGAUGAAGAAUUAGGCUCAUUUUCCAGCAGCAGCUACAUAAAUGAGUGCAAGACAUAGACAAUAUUUCUGGGAGG